UUUUUUUGCUACCUUUUGCCGCGAAAAUUCCUCGCGUCCCGCUGGCUUGAGGGGCGGAAGUCUGUUUCCGGGAGUUCCAACCUGAGCUUGAGCGGGCAGUGAGUCAUCAUGUCUGGUUUUGAUGACCCUGGGAUCUUCUACAGUGACAGCUUUGGUGGAGACCCAUUGGUAGAUGAGGGACAGGUCAGAAAGUCCCAACUGCAGAAACGUUUCAAAGAGUUCUUAAGACAAUAUCGGGUUGGAACAGACCGGACAGGCUUCACCUUCAAAUACAGAGAUGAACUCAAACGCCAUUACAAUUUGGGGGAAUACUGGAUUGAAGUGGAGAUGGAGGACCUGGCAAGCUUUGAUGAAGACCUAGCAGAUUAUCUGUACAAGCAGCCUGCUGAGCACCUCCAGCUGCUAGAGGAAGCAGCAAAGGAGGUGGCUGAUGAAGUAACACGACCUCGUCCCAUGGGAGAUGAGGAUCUUCAAGAUAUUCAGGUUAUGCUGAAAUCAGAUGCCAAUCCAUCUAACAUCCGCAACCUCAAGUCUGAGCAGAUGUCUCAUCUUGUGAAGAUCCCUGGAAUUAUCAUUGCUGCAACUGCAGUGAGAGCCAAAGCAACCAGAAUCACUAUCCAGUGCCGCAGCUGCAGGAAUGUUAUUCCCAAUAUUGUCUUACGUCCUGGCUUGGAAGGAUAUGCUCUCCCUCGGAAGUGCAGCACGGAGCAGAAUGUCCUAGCAAAGUGCCCUUUGGACCCAUACUUCAUUGUCCCAGACAAGUGCAAAUGUGUGGAUUUCCAGACCCUAAAGCUCCAGGAGUCGCCAGAUGCUGUCCCUCAUGGGGAGAUGCCCCGGCAUAUGCAGUUGUACUGUGACAGAUAUUUAUGUGACAAGGUGGUUCCUGGGAACAGAGUAACUAUCAUGGGUAUCUACUCCAUCAAGAAGACUGGACUUACUAAGAAGAAAGGCAGGGACAAUGUUGGAGUGGGCAUCCGAAGCUCUUACAUUCGUGUGGUGGGAAUCCAGGUAGACACUGAAGGCUCAGGGCUCAGUGUCAGUGGUUCAGUGACUCCUCAGGAAGAAGAGGAGUUCCGACGUCUUGCUUCCAUGCCAAAUAUUUAUGAGACAAUUGCCAAAAGUAUUGCUCCCUCCAUCUAUGGCAGUAGUGAUAUCAAGAAGGCUAUUGCAUGCAUGCUCUUUGGAGGCUCCCGAAAGAGACUUCCUGAUGGGUUAACCCGUAGAGGGGAUAUUAAUCUGCUCAUGAUGGGAGAUCCUGGCACAGCCAAGUCCCAACUCCUAAAGUUUGUAGAAAGAUGUUCUCCCAUUGGGGUGUACACCUCUGGGAAAGGCAGUAGUGCAGCUGGCCUGACAGCCUCGGUGAUCCGAGAUCCAUCCUCACGAAGCUUCUUCAUGGAAGGAGGGGCUAUGGUGCUGGCUGACGGGGGAGUGGUUUGCAUCGAUGAAUUUGACAAGAUGCGUGAGGAUGACAGAGUGGCUAUCCAUGAAGCUAUGGAGCAGCAGACCAUCUCCAUUGCCAAGGCUGGUAUCACGACCACCCUAAAUUCACGCUGCUCUGUGUUGGCAGCUGCCAACUCUGUGUUUGGACGCUGGGAUGAAACAAAAGGCGAAGAGAACAUAGACUUCAUGCCAACGAUCUUGUCCCGAUUUGACAUGAUCUUCAUCGUCAAAGAUGAGCACAACGAGGAAAGGGACGUGACGCUGGCCAAGCACGUGAUGUCUCUGCACGUGAGUGCCCUGACACAGACCCAGGCUGUUGAAGGCGAGAUUGAGCUGAACAAACUGAAGAAGCUGAUUGCUUACUGCCGCAUGAAAUGCGGCCCUCGUCUUUCUGCAGAGGCUGCAGAGAAGUUGAAGAACCGCUACAUUCUCAUGCGCAGCGGAGCUCGCCAGCAUGAAAGGGAAAGUGACCAUCGAUCCAACAUUCCCAUUACAGUCAGGCAGCUGGAGGCCAUUGUGCGAAUUGCAGAAUCCCUGAGCAAGAUGAAACUCCAGCCAUUUGCUACUGAGGCAGAUGUUGAGGAAGCCUUGCGGCUUUUCCAGGUGUCAACGCUUGAUGCUGCCAUGUCGGGCAACCUCUCAGGAGUGGAGGGUUUCACUACCCAGGAGGACCAGGAGAUGCUGUCUCGCAUUGAGAAACAGCUCAAGCGUCGCUUUGCCAUCGGCUCCCAAGUAUCUGAGCACAGCAUCAUCCAGGAUUUUGUGAAGCAAAAAUAUCCUGAGCAUGCAGUCUACAGGGUGCUGCAGCUUAUGAUGCGUCGAGGUGAGAUCCAGCAUCGCAUGCAGCGCAAGGUCCUUUACCGAAUCAAGUAAAAUAGAACCUUCUCCUGUAACCUUAAAGUUGGUUAGCUCUCCAGGCAGUCGGCAUCAGAGUUUAAGGACGUCUCCCAUACUCCCUGCCUCCAUCCCUGCCUUGUGAAACAGACCUUCAGAGUGAAGAAAGAGGAAGUUGGAACACCUGCACCCUCAAGUACAGACAUUCUUCCAGGCAUGAAAGUCAACAGGGGCCAGAUGAUUAUCAGAGCUCUAGCUUUUUAAAUUUGUUUCAGCAUCUUCACCUGGAUGUUUUGCCAUAACAUUAAACGCCUUUUUAACUGCACUGAAUAAUAAAAAAUGAGUUACGCA